AUGUCUUUACCCUCUAAAGUUAAUAAAGAAAACUUUCGUCUCUUGGACCUAUCAAGUGACGAAGAAUCGGAGGAUUUACAAUUAGAAAUUAUACCAAACAGGAAGAAAAAAAUCUCAAGGAAAGAACGAAAUCGAACAGCUACACCCAAAGUUGUAGAACCCAAUAUUGGAAAUGAAGUGCAGUGUGCUUUGCGAUGGGCUGUACGAGGAACAUUACUACUUUGGCUUCUUAUGUUGACAUGGAUUUGUGCAGCACUUUAUGAUCAAGUGUCAACCAUGCGAAUGGACAUUGCAAAAGGAACAGGUGGACCUAGCAAGUUGAAACUUAUACCAGAUAUU